CCUGUAGAAAUUCGGACGUCAAUACAGGACAGGUGCAAGACAUUCCGCUCUGCAAAAAGCACGAAACCUUCUCCUUGAAAUGGCCUUCCCCUCGAGAAUCCACGUAGCUGUGUUGCUUGUUUCUGUCUGGCUCGCCUUUGCUCUGGCACAGCCUUCUGUGAACUUCACCGUAAGCCAUGAUGGCGACACGGACUUUCUGACCGUCAAGGAGGGUCAGGUGCUUCCCUUAAAUAUCACCAUCAGAGACGGUGUCUAUACUGGCGUCAUAAGCGUCGCCAGCACGGACGAAGGCACGUUCGAAGUGGUCAACGCCACGGAAUACACCAUCGUAAACAGCUCAGAUCUGCCGCUGGUCAUGACCGUCCGCGUCAAGGGCAAAUUUGUUGGCAUCGAGAGGUUAAGACUCCGCCUAGCCCAGACAGCGGGCGCGGCGGGAGUGGCUGUCGGUGAGUACACCAUCAAGGUCAUCCGGGUGCCCACCAUCCUGGACAUCCUGUUCACUUACGUCCUCCUGGUGUGGCUGUGCCUGUCCUACGUCACCACGGGAGCAAAAAUGCAACCCAAGGUCAUCUGGAGCAAGAUGAAGCCGCCAUGGGGGAUCCUGAUCGGCAUGCUGGGCCAGUUCAUACUGAUGCCCCUCUGGGCCUUCGCCCUGACCAAGAUUUUUGCCCUGGAUAACGAGACGGCCCUGGGCCUGAUUUUUGUCGGCACCUGCCCCGGCGGCUGGCUUAGCAACAUCUUCAGUCUGCUUUUGGACUGCGACUUCGUGCUGAGUCUCACCAUGACCUUCUGCUCAACCGUCAUGGCCAUGGGCCUCAUGCCCCUCAAUCUCUUCAUCUAUGCCACGCCUAUCGUGGCGGAGAACGCCCAGCUCAAGACACCCUUCGUGGAGCUGGCCAUCCAGCUGAUUCUCCUCGUCAUCCCCAUCGGGAUCGGCAUGGCACUUUGCUACAAAUUUGAGAAGUUCAAGAAAAUCUGUGAGAGGCUUCUCAAGCCGCUGGCUGGCAUCCUGAUCCUGUUGGCGCUAGGGCUGGGCAUCCCCGCCCAGCUCUACGCUUUCCAGUCUCCCUGGCAGGUGUGGGUGGUCUCAGCCCUCCUACCCAUCGGCGGGGUCAUCUUGGGCGGCGUCGUCGCCAAGAUCAUUUGUCUGCCCAAGAAGUCCGUCAUCACCGUGGCGCUGGAGACUGGAGCGCAGAACGCGCUCCUGGCCAAGACCAUGUUAGAUCUGUUCUAUCCCCGGCCGGAGUCCGACCUAGUGGGUCGGGUGCCGCUGGUGGUCAGCCUCAUCAGCCUGGUGGAGGGUACCGUCGUCACCUUGGUCUACGUCCUGAUCCGGUACGCGUGCUGCCGGAAGGACGAAGACCAAGAGGUCCUGGUGAAGGAUAAGAACGAGAACGAGAAGACCGAGCAAGAUGCCGAGAAAGCAGACAAGCAAGCGGAAAGCAAGCAGAAAGAAGGCCAGAAAGCCGAGGAGGGUGUACAGACGAACUUCCCCGACGACAGCCCGGCAGAUCAAGCUCACGUUAACCCCGUCUUCGAUAGCAAUGAAGAGAUCGAGCACAAUUUGUAAGCAACAGUGUCAAGAACACAUCAUUGCUAUUCUGUUAAUGGAAUUCGAUUUCUUUCAAAUCUAUACACCAAUGGAGGCGACACCAAUCUUUCUCUUAAGAUCAAACUCCACACAUAAUACAUGUACGCGGUUUGCAGUAGUGAAGUUUGCCUUUUAAUUUCAAAUCUUGAUCACAUGGGAAAAUGCUUAUAAAAUAUUCAGUAUUAUUUUUUUAAAUGGAACUCUAGAAAGAAUAGUGAUGUGUUAGUAAAACUUUACAAAAUUUAUAUGAAUGAAAAUACCGGAGAGUCGUGUCACGCUGAACACAGUGCGCUUACUUCAAAAGGAGAUUAUAUAUACAAAUAAAUAAAUAAAUAAAUACAUAAAUAAAUGCAAAGAAACAAAAAACCAGUUCAAAUUCCAUUUGAAAUCAUUUGCAAAUUUAAAAAACCAGUUCAUAUUCCAAUUUAAAAUCAUUUGUUAGAACUGUAUUUAAGUUUAUUGUAAUUUCCUCGAUUUGCAAAUUUUAUGGAAUGGUUAUAGCCAAUCUCAGACUCAAUGAAAUUGUCACUUCCACAGCUGUCUGCAUUGUACUGUCAUAAUUUCAAACAAAACCACCCAAUUCUGUUGACUACACUUCAGAUCUGUCAAGAUACUAAUGAACAUAUUCGCCAUAUGCUGUUUUACAGUUUUCCUUGUUCUCUUUCAUACUUUCCCAAAACAUCGUAAGUCUUACGAAAAGGUGGCGGUAUAAGCAUCGAGGAACAAUAUCUGUUAGAAUAAAUGUAAAUGUUAAUUGUUACUACAAUUGAAAACGAAAAAUUGUUUGUCUUUGUGACGAAUAAAAUAGGGUUAAAUAUGACUUUGAGUUAGUAUAAUUAUAUUAUACACGUACAAAAAAGAGUUUUAAACUUGCUGGUUGAUUAUCUCCAGAACUUUGCACUGUCAUCACACACGCAUAAUACGGGCUUUUUAUUGGUUAAUCUUUGCAUGCGUUUUAUGCACGCCGAUACAUGGCAGUCAAAUGUAAACAGUUUUUAAACAUGUAAAAAAUUCAAUGUAAACAUUGCACAGGGUGUCCCAGAAAAAAAACAAACC